AUGUCGAGUAAAAGAAAAUCGCUGUGUAUUGACGAAAAAGUUUUACUGAUACGUGCAAUAGAAACGGGAGGGAAGAUUAGUGAUGUGAGCAAACGCUUUGGAUUCAGUACCUCUACCGUGGCCACAAUAUGGAAAAACAAAGAAAAAAUUCUCCAAGCUAAGGUCGAGGGGAAAUGUUCGAAAAAAAUAAAGAAACCUAAAUACGCAGAUUUGGAUCAAGUUAUGCUAUCAUGGUAUCACGAACAGAGCCAGAAGAAUAUACCUAUCUCGGGGCCGCUCAUAAAAUUAAAGGCAGAGAGUUUAGCAGAAGAACUUGGUUUAACUUCUUUCAAAGCAUCUGAAGGAUGGCUCGGAAAAUUCAAGCAACGUCAUCAUAUCAACUAUGGUAAAAUAGGUGGGGAAGCUUUGUUUUUCUAA